AGAGCCAGAAAGCGCCACCUUCGAUCACCGGACUGAGACAGGUCCGGGCCUCACAGCUGAGCGGGGGCAGCCCGGGCGGGCUCGGCACGGCAAUGCUGCCUGCCCGCGGGCCCCGAUACCCAUCGCACCGUGCUCCCGUGCCGUCACAGGCAGCAUUCACCAUGGAACACCUUCCACGGAAUUCACUACCGGGGGCACUCGCGCGUCCCCGUUCCAGCCUCCGCCCCCGCCGGUCCCAGGCCGGGGCGGGCCCUGCCGCCGCUUCCUCCGCGGGGCCGCUGCCUGCCGGGGCUCGCCAUGGGGCAGUGCCUGCCCUGCAUGGGGGACCCCGUCAAGGACGUGGUGGAGACGCCGGACCCGGAAAUAAAAAGAAGACAACUAGCAGAAGCUGCUGAAAAGAGGCAGAUGGAGGCUUCCUCUCGAGGUAUUAAGAAUGUGCAGUCUGUAGAGCAGAAGAAAAAGAAGCAGGAGGAAAUAGAAAGAAGAAUGGCAGCUUCACGUCCUGGAGGAGAAGGAGGACUGAGAUGGCAGGUUGGAUAACACAGGAGUUGUGAGGAGAAGACGUUUGAUGUUUACUGCCAGUAACUGUCAGUUCCUGCAGCCCGGUGGCACUUACUCAUCGUGUGGCUUUUGCUGUUUACCUCUGAAGACUCAGCAGCACCUUGCCAUUGUGGGACAAUGGAUGUGGAAGCAGUCACAAAGAAACUUAAGAACUAAUUCUGAACACUAUGGUUUUGCCAGUUUCGUUUGUUUGUUUUCCAUGCAUGUUUUAUUGCUUCCGUGCCAAGACUUCCUGUCAGCUGGAAGUGGCCUCGUGUGUAGUCAGCCAAAAUG